AGCUCCGAGCGCCUGGGGGUGGGAGCAGAAGGAGGAAAGGGCGCCCGAUGCCAGCUGCCAACAUGACAGAGACGCUGCAGCUCCCGGCGCUGCGGGUCCCCGAGCAGCAGCAGGUGCUGGAGGGCGGCUGCGCCUGGUCCAGCUCGUCCACCCCGACCCUGCGCAGGAGGCGCUUCAAGAUGAGGAGGAUGAAGAACGUGCAGGAGCAGAGCCUGGAGGCCGGCGGGUACCCGGAGUCGCCUUCCUCCAGCAAGGAAUACCUGCAGCUCCCCUCCAUCGAGAUCACCCCGUCCAGCGACGAGGACACCCCCUGGUCCAACUGCUCCACUCCCAGCGCCUCCCCGCGCCGCAAGCGCUUCCUCCUUCGCAAGUGGCUGCGCGUCCGAGAGAGGAAGGAGUGCAGUGAGAGCAGCAGCCAGCAGAGCAGCCAGCAGAGCAGCCACGACGAUGACUCCGCGCGGUUCCUGAGCCCCUCCGUGCGCGAGGACGGCACCGCCAGUAACUCCAACCGCAGCACGCCCGCCUGCUCCCCGAUCCUGCGCAAACGCUCGCGCUCGCCCACGCCGCAGGACGCCCAGGGGGACGCCAUGGUGGAGAAGGGCUCCGACCACUCCUCGGACAAGUCGCCGUCCACGCCGGAGCAGGGCGUCCAGAGGAGCUGCUCCUCACAGUCAGGCCGCAGCGGGGCCAAGAACUCCAAGAAAAGCCAGAGUUGGUAUAAUGUGCUGAGCCCCACGUACAAGCAGCGCAAUGAGGAUUUCAGGAAACUCUUCAAGCAGCUCCCGGACACCGAGCGCCUCAUCGUGGACUACUCAUGUGCCCUCCAGAGGGACAUUCUCCUGCAGGGCCGCCUCUACCUCUCCGAGAACUGGAUCUGCUUCUACAGCAACAUCUUCCGCUGGGAGACGCUGCUGACAGUUCGCUUGAAGGACAUCUGCUCCAUGACCAAGGAGAAGACAGCCCGGCUCAUUCCCAAUGCCAUCCAAGUUUGCACUGACACUGAAAAGCACUUUUUUACCUCCUUUGGGGCCCGGGACAGGACGUACAUGAUGAUGUUCAGACUCUGGCAGAAUGCUCUGCUUGACAAGCCCCUGUGCCCCAAGGAGCUCUGGCACUUUGUCCACCAGUGCUACGGCAACGAGCUGGGGCUGACCAGCGAUGACGAAGACUACGUGCCUCCUGAUGAUGACUUCAACACCAUGGGCUACUGCGAAGAAAUCCCCGUGGAGGAGAAUGAAGUCAACGACAGCUCCUCCAAGAGCAGCAUGGAGGCCAAGCCCGAAGCCAGCCCUCAGCUGCCAAAGAAAUCUGUCACUGCCAGCACCCUGACCUCCACAGGCAGCAGUGAAGCCCCAGCCUCGUUCGAUGGAGUGCUCCCAGAGGAGGAGGAGGCAGUGGCAGAGAGUCCUGUGGAGAAGGACCUUGGCAUUGCCAACAUCAUGGGAGAGAAAAUCGACAUCAUUGGCCCUGUGAACUCCCCCUCCCUGGACUUCAAUGACAACGAGGACAUUCCCACAGAGCUCAGUGACUCCUCAGACACCCACGAUGAAGGGGAGGUCCAAGCCUUUUACGAGGACCUGAACGGCCGCCAGUACGUGAACGAGGUGUUCAACUUCAGCGUGGACAAGCUCUACGACCUGCUCUUCACUGACUCCCAGUUCCAGAGGGACUUCAUGGAGCAGCGCCGCUUCUCUGAUAUCAUCUUUCACCCCUGGAAGAAGGAGGAAAAUGGCAAUCAGACCAGAGUGAUCCUGUACACCAUCACCCUCACCAACCCUCUGGCCCCCAAAACUGCCACAGUCACUGAGACUCAGACGAUGUACAAGGCCAGCCAGGAGAGCGAGUGCUACGUGAUUGACGCAGAGGUGCUGACCCACGACGUGCCCUACCACGAUUAUUUCUACACCAUCAACCGCUACACCUUGACUCGCGUCGCCAGGAACAAAAGCCGGCUCAGGGUUUCCACAGAAUUGCGCUACAGGAAGCAGCCGUGGGGGCUGGUGAAAUCCUUCAUUGAGAAGAAUUUUUGGAGCGGCCUGGAGGAUUAUUUCCGUCACUUGGAGAGCGAGCUGACCAAAACAGAGAGCACGUACCUGGCUGAGGUGCACAGACAAUCCCCCAAAGAGAAGGUGAGCAAGCAAUCCACGGUGCGGCGGCGGAAACGCGCCCACGCCCACCUGAGGGUGCCACACCUGGAGGAGGUGCUCAGCCCCGUGACCACCCCCACGGAUGAGGAGGUCGCCCAUCGAAUCAAGCACGUGGCAGGUUCCACUCAGACACGGCACAUCCCUGAGGAGAGCCCCAGUGGCUUCCACCUGCAGAGUGUCUCCAAGCUGCUCCUUGUCAUCAGCUUUGUUCUGGUGCUGCUGGUCAUUCUCAACAUGAUGCUGUUCUACAAGCUCUGGAUGUUGGAGUACACCACGCAGACGCUGACGGCGUGGCAGGGCCUGAGGCUGCAGGAGAGGUUACCCCAGUCUCAGACAGAGUGGGCCCAGUUGCUGGAGUCCCAGCAGAAGUACCACGACUCCGAGCUGCAGAAAUGGCGCGAGAUCAUCAAAUCCUCCGUGAUGCUCCUGGACCAGAUGAAGGAUUCUCUAAUAAACCUCCAGAAUGGAAUCGGGUCCAGGGACUUCGGGUCAGAUCCAGAGGAGAAAAGGAAACGUUUCCAUUGACAGGCAGGAAUGCAGGAGGCCAGAGGACGGUGUGCAAUAUGUGUAAAUAGGAUAUAUAAAUAUAUAUAUAAAUAUAUAUAUAUAUACAGAUAUAAAUAUAUAUAUUAUAUACAGAUUUUAAGAGAAAAAAAAAAAAGAAAAAAAAACCAAGAAAAAAAAAAAAGCCUAAAGAGGGGAAGGAGUGACCUCCAACACUGGCUGAACUGGAGGGGCUCUGGGAGUGUGGGGUGUGUGUGUGAGGGAGGGCUGUGCUCUCCCAGCACUGGGGUGUGCUUAGGGCAGUGCCCAGCUCUGCUCCCUGGGCCCGUGCACUGCUCCUCUGUAAUAUUGCUGUCUGUCUGUCUGUCUGUUCUGUUUCUGUUGUCUCAAAGGGAAGCAUCAGUGUGAGUGCCCCCCAUCCCCUCCCUGUGCAUGGAGCUCCCUGCUUUGCUCUGCUAUCCCCCAAGGGGACACUGUCACCCCCUCACCUGCUGGCACACAGGGUUGGCAAUGCUGCCAAUCCUGGCAAAGCUGCUUUGGAGAGCAGGGGGAGCUGCUGUGGCUCUCUGGAGGGCAGAUCCCCCUGGCAGGAUUUUGGAAAUUGCUGUCAGGCUGGCUCAGAGAGCAGAGCACAGAGCUGCAAUCCCUUCCACAACGCCCCUGUGCUGCUCCUGCCUCCCAGGUGAGUGUGACAGCGUGACAGUGUCCCCUUUACCUGUGCUCUGCCACCCCUGUGCUGCAGGUCUGCAUCGGUGCUGGAAUCACCACCCAGAUUUAAACACACAACCAAAAUUAGGAUGGAUUUGCACACACUCCCACCACCCAGCUCAGCAAAUCUCUCUCCUGUUUGUUCACCCAGCCCUUGUCUUGUUAAA